AUGGCUCUUUCGGUAGCGGCUCUAAACAAGGACUCGUCCAUCCUCAUCAUCGGAGCGGGCACAUUCGGUAUCAGCACUGCCUAUCAUCUAGCUAAGCGUGGCUAUACCAACAUCACUUGCAUCGACCGCCACCCAUGGCCGAGCCUAGACUCUGCCGGCCAUGACUUGAACAAGGUCAUGCGUACUGAAUACGACGAACCACUUUACACGCGCCUUGCUCUUGAAGCACUCGACGCUUGGAGAGACCCCGAAUGGCAUGAUGUAUUUUUCGAGACCGGACGUAUCACAACUACGACAGGCGACAAGAAAGCCGAGUCUUUCCUCGAGAAGUCUUACGAGAACCUCAAGAAGGCGGGAAAGGCUGAUAAUCUAGAGCUCAUCAGUGGCAGAGAUGAGAUUGUCAAACGUGUUCCGCAACUCAAGAAUGCAGUCGGGAUCGAGAACUGGAAGGGUCUUUACAACAGUCUCGGCGGAUGGGUCCACGCUCGAAAAGCCCUCGAGAAAUGGGCAUUCAAGUCUGAGCACAUGGGCGUCAAAUUCGUGUCAGGUCUGGGCGGUACAAUGACCGGCCUUGAGCUUGAUGCUUAUGGUUCGAUGACUGGAAUCCGCGUCGCCUCUGAUGAGGUUCUUCACGCAGAUCACUACAUCCUGAGCACAGGCGCUGCAUCACCACAACUAUUGCCCGAGUUGUCGCAGCAGUUAUGGUCGAAGUGCUGGACUUUGGGCCAUAUUCAGCUUACUGAUGAAGAAGCUGCUGAGUGGAAGGGAGUCCCUGUGAUUGAUAACUAUGAACUUGGGUUCAUGUUUGAACCAGAUCCCGAUACAAAGCUGAUCAAGAUAUGCGAUAACAACCCGGGCUAUCAGUACCAAAAAGGCACUUUUGUCGACGCAAACGGCAAAACAACAAACUACUCUAUCCCCCGCUACUCAAGCGAUCACCCCCAAGAUGGUAUCCCCCACGAAGCCGAAGUCGCUAUUAGAAGAUUCAUCAACACCGUCAUGCCUCAAUUCUCCGACCGGCCCCUCCUCGAUGCUCGUGUUUGUUGGUGUACUGAUUCACCCGAUGCACACUGGCUCAUCGAUCGCCAUCCCAAGCACCACGCUCUUCUUCUCGCAACUGGUGAUUCUGGACACGCGUUCAAAAUGUUCCCUAUUAUCGGAAAUUAUAUCGCUGAUGCACUGGAAGGUCGUGAGUCGGGAUUGAGGAAGGAAUGGGCUUAUGGAGGACGGGUUGCGAAACCAACUUCGCAUCGGCCUGAUACUGAGAUUAAGGACUUGAGGGAUGUCAUGGAUCUCAAGACUCAAACCAAGUUGUAA